ACAGCUCCAACUUCCUCCUACGAGUCCAGUGUGCUGAGCUCCGCCGCCCUGUGCGCAUCUCCAGCCGAACACAGCGGGACCAGCGCGGGAUGGACGCUCCAGAAAAGCAAUGAGGACUAUUUUUGGCGCUUUUAUCCGCAUCUAGAAGAUUGUAUACAUCCGCAGAGAGUCGAAGAGUGGGAGAUUAAAACGCGAAGGCAUCAUGGGCUGUGUGGGCUCUAAGAAGGAGCAGGAGGCUCUCGGCAAAGGGACCGGUACCAAUGAGCUGCUGAACCCAGCACAGACGGCCCACUACGUCAAAGAUCCCACCGCGGGAAACCCUGGGAGCAAAGCUGCCAAAAUGCUUUCCAAUGCCAACUCUUCAGACGGAGAGAGCAUUGCCAUGGCGCUGUACGACUACGAGGCCAUUCACGAAGGAGACCUCGGCUUCAAAAAGGGCGACAAGCUCAAAAUCUUAGAGGAGUCGGGCGAGUGGUGGAGAGCCAUGUUAAUCAGCACAGGCAAGGAAGGCUACAUCCCCAGUAAUUAUGUAGCCAAAGAUACUCUGGAAGCGGAAGAAUGGUUCUUUAAGGGCGUCAGCAGGAAAGAUGCUGAGCGGCAGCUGCUUGCCCCUGGGAACAAAAUGGGAUCCUUCAUGAUCCGAGACAGUGAGACCACCAAGGGCAGCUACUCCCUGUCUGUCCGGGACAGCGAUGCUCAGUCCGGCGACACAGUCAAACAUUAUAAGAUCCGUACGCUGGACAACGGAGGAUUCUACAUCUCACCUCGCAUUACCUUCAGCACCCUGCAGGAGCUGGUCAGCCAUUACAAGAAGCAGGGAGAUGGCCUCUGCCAAUCCUUGACUAACCCGUGCUUGAGCCCGAAACCUGAGAAACCAUGGGAGAAGGACGCCUGGGAAAUCCCGAGAUCUUCACUCAAGCUGGAGAAGAGGCUUGGUGCAGGGCAGUUCGGAGAAGUCUGGAUGGCCACAUACAAUAAGCACACCAAGGUGGCGGUAAAGACCAUGAAGCCAGGCAGUAUGUCAGUGGAGGCCUUCAUGAUGGAGGCCAACCUGAUGAAGACUCUGCAGCAUGACAAGCUGGUUCGACUGAACGCUGUGGUGACCAAGGAGGAGCCGAUCUACAUCAUCACUGAGUUUAUGGAGAAAGGUAGUUUAUUAGACUUUAUAAAGAGUGAUGAAGGAAAUCGCGUCCAGCUUCCAAAGCUCAUCGACUUCUCUGCUCAGAUUGCAGAGGGGAUGGCUUACAUUGAGCAGAGGAACUACAUCCACAGAGACCUGAGAGCCGCCAACAUCCUCGUCAAUAAGGCCUUAGUGUGCAAAAUCGCUGACUUUGGUCUCGCUCGAAUCAUCGAAGACAACGAGUACACGGCCAGAGAAGGAGCUAAGUUCCCCAUCAAAUGGACGGCCCCUGAAGCCAUCAACUACGGCUCCUUCACAAUCAAAUCUGACGUCUGGUCUUUCGGCAUCCUGCUGACUGAGAUCAUCAGCUAUGGACGAACACCUUACCCAGGGAUGACCAACCCAGAAGUGAUCCGCUCCCUGGAGAAGGGCUACCGGAUGCAGCGCCUGGACAGCUGUCCCACCGAACUCUAUGAAAUCAUGCUGGAGUGCUGGAAGAACAAGCCCGAGGACCGACCCACUUUCGAUUACCUGCAGAGUGUCCUGGAGGAUUUCUACACGGCCACAGAGAGCCAAUAUCAGCAGCAGCCAUGAGGCUUCUGCUACAGCGAUGUUCCAUUAAUACGAACUGUAGCAGGAAGGCCAGUUUCUACAAGCAGUCGUGCAGUUCAGAGCACACAUAUGUUGUGUCUUUAUUAUCUGUCUCUCUUAUUUCAAUACUCUUAUCACAUAGGGGCUGUACACAGGUUAUUGGUGGGUGGAACUGAUGUUUUGUCAGAGCUUAAUAUUCUCUUUGGGUGCCCUUCCUUUGAAUGAGGACAUUUUAACCGUCUGAAUCCAACCAGUUUCUACAAGUUCUUCUUUUUUUCACUGCAAUAUAAAGUCUUGCACCUCUAUGGAAACAGCACAGUCAUGGCUAGAAGGAGAUCAUAAUGAAAAAUGUCUUCUUUGCCGUUUUAAUUUCAGAAAUCAUAAAGGAUACUUUAGGCUGCAUAUUGGUUUGGUGGUUAGCAUUGUGGCCUUGCAGCUAGAAGAUCCCCGGUUUGUGUUCUGGCUUUCCCGGGAUCUUUCUGCAUGGAGUUUGCAUGUUCUCCCCGUACAUGUGUGGGUUUUCUCUGGGUUCUCUUACUUCCUCCCACAGUCCAAAACAUGCUGAGGAUAAUUGGUAACUCUAAAUUGUAUGUAGGUGUGAACGUGAGUGUGAUUGUUUGCCUCCAUGUGUAGCCCUGAGAUAGACUGGUGACCUGUCCACAGUGUCCCCUCACUUCACCCUAAGUCAGCCUGGAUAGACUCCAGGCCCCCUGCCACCCUAAUGAGGAAAAAGCGGUGUCUAGAUAAUGGAUGGAUGGGUAAUAGGACAAUUGCAUGUGCAUGUGUGUAUAUGAGAACAGUGGGAUAGCUUAUUUGGUGUCUAUCAAAUUGCAUAAAGCAGAAAACAUGUGACCUAACAUCUAAAACAUGUCUCUGGAGGAUGCCCAGGUAGCUCAAUAGGUUGAGUGGGCGAUCCAUAAAUUGGGGCUAUAGUUCCCAUGCAGCCGUCAUGUGUUCAAGUCCUACCCAUGGCCCUUUGCUGCAGGUCGAUCCCCCAGUCUUCUCCCCACUUUCUUGUCUUCCUCUCACUGUGACCGGCAAAUAAAGCUGCAAAAAGACUAAAAAAAAGCAUGUCUCUAACUAGAGAUAAUUUGUCGACUUCAAUUUUGAGUUUUGCAGCUGAGGGGUAUUUUGCAGGACUGUGCCGGCAACAUUCUUCUGUCACUAUGUGCAAGUGUGGCUGGAAAAAGAAAUGCUUAUUCAUAGGGACGAAACACUCGCCUAGGACCUCUAACAAAUUUGCAGGUGGAGACAGGAUUUUAGAUUUUCCCUAAAUAAAAUAAGAAUAUAUCCACUUUUGCCCCCAACUAUAGCUUGUGUGCAGUCCCUAACAUGCUUUAAAAGUGUUCUAUAUGCAGUACAUGUACUGUAAAAGCAUUUCCCUGAACACAAUAUUCACAGACAGCUGAUUGUAGGUCACCUGGAUUUCAGUAGUUCUGCUCCAUCACACAUUGUGCAGAUUUCAACCACAACACAGAUGCUCACGGUGAAACGAGAGCUCCGGUUAGACUCACAACUCACCAAGAAACAGGAUUGUCAACUGACCCUGUGUGCAGGAAUUCACAUUUUGAAAGGAAAGCAGGUGUCGUUAAUUUUACAGAUUGCAACAUAUAGGCCUGAUUAUGCUUAAAUCCUCUUCUAUUUAUAUUCCAGAGAUGUUUUCUAUGAUGCUGUGGCUUGUUUCAGAAUUCCUCCUCCAUAGUGCCUUCUGCAGCAGUUUUCUAUUUCUUCCAGAUUUAACAUGUACAAUAUAUUCUAUAUGAUCUGUAUAUACGCUGAUACACAUGAAGAGAUGCAAGUAUUCAGGGUCUUUAAUUAAUAAUGCUUGUUGAUUCUUACAUGUCUUUCAUUUAUUACUUAAAUUAUUGAAAUAAACAGUGAAAAGGUACAUCUUAAAACAUGUAUUUCUGAGAAUAGAACAGCUCGUUGUCUUCCUACAAGUAAAAGCUUUUUCUAUCUUUUUAUUUAGUAAGCCGCAUUUUUUAAAAACUCGGUUUGAAAAAUGUUUUUUCUAAAAAGUUGGAAAUAGUUUAACAGUUAAUGCACAACAGACAAAAAAUCCCAUAGUAAAAACAAUGUAAUAUUGAUGACUUUGAGUGAAAUAGUUUCAGUUUGUUUAUUGGACAGAAAUCCUAAAAUUUCAAAGCUGGUGUUAGACUUUAGGAUUUCACUUUUUAUCAUUUUAGAAAAAAAACUGUGAGAUUUCUUCUCCCAUGAACUGGUUUGUGUGAAUCAUUACUCCGCUCUGUAUAGGCUCAUAUUAAGAGGGUUAAGAAUAUUUUUAUGUUUUUCUUCAUCAAUAUAAAACCAGCAGCAUAUUUUGUGAGAUGCUUUAUUCAGUGCAAAUGUCAUGAAAAAUGUUUCAAUAAAUUGUUUAAGAAAAUA